UUGGUCUUUUUAUAGCAGUAUUAAAGGCAGCAUUGAACAAUAGACACAUAUACAUUCCUCUGGUAAUGAGUAGUUCUGUCGAAAGAUGGAGAGCAGUUGCUUUCCUGGUGGCAGUUGAAUUCGGUUUAGCACUUGUUCACAUAUUUUUCAAGAAGGCUCUGAAUGCCGGGACAGACCAUGUCAUCAUCGUCGUGUACAGACAAUCCAUUGGCACCGUUUUCUUGAUCCCCUUCGUCUAUUUCUUGGAAAGGAAUAGUUGGACUAAGCUGACAUUCGGUGUCGUCGGAAGGAUGUUUCUCUGUGCAUUUCUGGGGCUAACAAUGGCACAGUACACAUUCUUACUCGGCCUCGACUACACAACAGCCACAUUCACCUGCGCUUUCAUCAACACGGUGCCGGUGAUCACCUUUCUUCUGGCGCUGCCGCUGCGAAUGGAGAAGCUGAACAUUAGGAGCCGCAGCGGAAGGGCAAAGGUGCUCGGCUCGAUGACCUGUGCGGCGGGAGCUGCAAUACUAUCAAUUUAUAAAGGGAUGCCACUGAUAAAUAUGCAGCAUAUUGGAUCGAACAACAAUAGACCGAAGCGAUUUGGGCUCGGCUCGGCACUCCUGUCUGCAGCCAGCGUCACGUGGUCAUCGUGGUUCUUGAUACAGUCCAGGAUCGGGCAGAAGUUCCCCUACCAAUAUUCGAGCACGUUGAUCAUGUCCUUCUUCUGCGCAGCGCAGUCGGCGGCCUUGUCUUUCGCUACCACCAGAGACACAGAAAAAUGGGUUCUUGGAGGAGAGCUGCAGAUUUUAAGUGUUGUAUAUGGUGGUGUCGUCGGAUCAGGUAUUUGCUAUGCAGUCAUGUCAUGGUGUGUGAAACAAAAGGGACCUGUAUUCACCUCUGCAUUCAGCCCCUUGAUACAAGUUUUCGCAGCUGUCUUCGACAUUCUGUUGUUGCGCGAACAAGUCUACCUCGGAAGUGUCUUAGGAUCAACGGUAGUGAUUGCGGGCAUGUAUGUUCUUCUGUGGGGCAAAAGCAUCGAUGCAGAUCAGAAUCAGACAGCCACUGCCCGUGACAAAACCAUCGUCGAUGAAUUCAGCACCCAAGAUUCAUCACACGAUAUUGCUUGAGAUGAUACGUAAAGCCACCACAAAUUAUUGUAAUGAAACAAGAAAAAUGUCGAUCGGAAUCUAGACUCUAAAUAA